AUGUGUGACACGGUAUUCCAUGAUUACUUUGAUAAAUUUAUGGUGGUUUAUCUUGAUAACAUUGUGGUAUAUAGUUCUACACUUAAAGAACAUAGGAAUCAUCUUCGCCUGGUCUUCGAGAAGUUAAGGGAGAACAAACUCUUUUUGAAAAAGGAGAAAUGUGCUUUCUCUCAAACUCGAAUCAAGUUCUUAGGCCAUGUGAUUGAACAGGGCAAAAUCUGCAUGGACCAGGCCAAGGUGAAAGCAAUCCAGGAAUGGGCAAUACCGAAUAGCAUAACUGAAUUAAGAUCCUUCUUGGGAUUGACGAAUUAUUGUAGGCGGUUUGUCCAGAGCUACUCUCAAAAGAUAUGCCCCCUUAUAGAGUUGUUGAAAAAAGGUAACAAGUAA